AUGGGCAGGUGCAUCGUAAUAGUUUACACACGCUUCCCUGUGCCCACCUGCAAAGUCGUCUACCGCGCUUACUUCAACCGCCUAUUCGCCCCGACAUACUUCUCCGCCGUCGCUGCCCUCUUCUACCACCACACCCUCCUCCGCCACCUCUCCUCCCCCCUCCGUCGCCAUCAUCCACACCUCCUCCUCAUCCUCGCCGACGUCAUCUUCGCUCUCAUCUGGCUCACCAACCAGACCUUCCGCUACCGCCCCCUCAUCAGCCGCGAGUUCAUCGAGAACGUGGAGAAGGUGGCCCGGCCGGACGAUUUCCCGGCGAUGGACGUGUUCAUAGGCUUCAAUUCCGGGGCCGAUUGA